UUCAUUUGGAGGGUGUUGCUGCAGAGGCGUAAAUGUCAAACAGCCUUGUAGCUGUGCCUGUGUGUGUGUGUGUGUGUGUGUGUGUGUGUGUGUGUGUGUGUGUGUGUGUUAUUUCAGAAGAACGCAAGCCCUCCACCUGGCAGAAUGCUGAUGAGGCAUGGCUGGACACUUCUGUUUCACUGCAGGAAAACCUUUCAUAAAUACAGCCCUUCUACACCAGCACGUACGGUAAUAUUUAUUUUGAUGAGGAAGUUGCUGUAGCUUAUGCAACGCUUAUGCAACAGUUGAAUACGCACUGGUUCUUGAGUGAUUCCCAGGAAGGUUGUGUUUACCACAUACAGAGGAAAGCCAGGAAGCAUUGAACACACAGCAACAUCUGUCAACAUCUCAGAGUUGGUGCUCCAUUACUAAGUGUGUUCCUGAUUUUACAAGAAACUGUCUCCAUGGCUCUCAUCAAAACACUCAAUGAAUUGAGGCACCUUGGAGAUUCCCACUUUGGUCGCCCAAAGCCAAGGCAUGGACUUCGACUUCUCUUCUGGCUGGCUAAUGACUUCAUCAGCUUCCAGUCCAAUCAAAUGUUCCCUACAUCUGACCCAGAAGAUGGCUGUUUUGGUUUCCACCGCUUUUACAAUAAGGAUGAUGAUGAUGAUGAUGAGGACGAUGAUGAUAACAGCGAUGAUGACAACUACGAUGAUGAUGAUAGUGACGAGGAUGACGAUGAUGAUGAUGAUGAUGACGACGACGAUGAUGAUGACGACGAUGAUGAUGAUGAUGAUGAUGAUGGUGGUGGUGGUCCACUCCUUCCUGAAGACCUUACUUAUCAUGAGGUUGGCAACUUAAAUCUGCAAGAUGCUGAGGACCUUCCCCGCUACGUCAAAAAAUAUCACACUGGCCUGCAGGAUAACAGCAAUAUUGACCGCAUUAUUAUAGGCAUGGAUGACUGGUCUAUUAGUCGAAUCUAUGUAACUCAGCAUUCGGACAACAGCAAUUUCUCCCAUAGUCACACCUAUCGCAUAAGCCAAGGUCUCAUAAGAAUUAUACAGAGAUUGAGCUUGAACGAAUUUCUGCAAAAGAUUGAUUAACAUUACAAUUGUAUAGCAGUCAGCUUUCCAUUAUGAAAGCAGAACUCAGGAGUCAGCAUUCCACGAUGAAAGCAGGCCAGCCAACAGCAAGUGUACCUGUACAUGUUUUUGUGUUUGUGUUUGCUAUUAUCUUCUUCUAUCAUGCCAUUUUCUAAUCAUUUUGAUGUGAACUUUUUCUUUUCCCUUCUCUUGUAAGGCUAACUGGACCAUUUUUCAUUCUUUACCUCUGUUUCACCCUCUCACAUACAAUAACCGGUCUACUGUCAAACUCUAUAAUCAAUUAUCAAAUCUCUGACACAUAGUGAACAACACUGUUUUACAUGUUAUUUGUGAUAAAAAGGACUUUGCCCUUUGUGGGAAAAUGUGUGAGAGAGCUUACAUUUGUAAUUAGCAAAGAAACUGUAUUUUGUGAGUAAAAAACUAAACAUAUA